CAAAGGGGCAAAUUGACUGAUUUGCAUCUGUAUAUGCGUCCACGAACUCAGUCAAACACUCCAUCGAUCGGCCGGCCGUCCAGCCACCGACCGACAUGCAUGGACACCGCACACACACACACAUAGCGAUCGGUCCCUUCACGUUACACAAUAUGCAUGUUGUUCCAAGUGCACUCCUCUACGACUACCACUGGCACGUGAGGCAUCACCAAGCAACUUGUCACCUAGGUUGCGUGGCUAGCUGUCCUCCACCCACUGACAACGCAUCCACACGCCCCUUCUGCCUGUCUGCCUGCCACACUACAACAGAGUACGUGAGGCCUUCAGAUGACCGAGCCAGUCAUACGACGUGGCAAAAAAAAGUAGCGUAAGUAUGUGCAUCGCCAUGUACUUACAUGUGCAUCACAUCCAAUACCCGACACAGCACUAUGCUGCAGCCAUGGAGAGACAAGAGACGCGUCGAUUACACGUCGUGUGUGGUGUGUGUGCACCCUUGGCUACGCAGAUGCGGGCACAGCUGAUAGGUCGAGUGUAUUCAUUGCCCCGUAUCACUCACUACUCACUCACUCACAGCACACAGACAACCCUGGCCACAAAUCGUAAGCUCUCAAAAACACACGUCGACUACGACCUUAUGCAUACCGCUUCGUCCAUUCUACUACACUAAGUCACAUCUCUCUCUGACGCCUUCUCAGCCUCCCUCGCCUGUCUGCGCGAUUCCAACCAGCUCCGGAGGAGAGACAAGCCGUUCCAGAGCACUGCUGCGGAGGUAAGGACGGCAGAGAGUGUGGUGCGGACCUGUCUGUCGGCUGUGCUUCGAUGCGGGAGACCUCCGACUGAUCAAGACCUACAUCAUCGGAUUUCUUGCCGGCCUCCAGUCGAGUGGACACUGAACACAUCACCAUCACAUGUGUGUGCGUAGUACAUAUCACGAUGACGUAACAAACCGACCUUCGCUAGAGUUGCGAAAUAUAGUGGAGAAAUCGGUAGUCCUCAUGUCCCGCAAUUUCUGCCCAGCCAGCCAAACAAACAUCCAGCCGCGGACAUGAGCAGGUCCUCCCUCGUUGCCUUGCUUACGGUGGCGCUGCCGUCGUCGGGUUUCGGCAGGUGGACGACCACAUGGCCUCCUCGUCGGCUGCGCGUCUCCACUCGCCUCUGCCGCAGGCUCUGCACCAAGAAGGCAUUGCUCCACAGGAACUCAUGGCUGACCAAACCAACACAUACACAGACAAAUCAUCUACUACUGUGCGUGGUGGUGCGUGUGUGUGUAUGUGCUUACAAGUCUCCGGGCACGUCUGUGAGUUUGAGUUUCUCUAUGGCUUCCUGCACGGCGGCUGACGUCAGCUGCAUGGCCGUCACCACACGAUGCACUGGCCGGCCGGCAUACAGAGAGGCAGAAGCAGCAGCAGGGGGGCCGUCAGCGGAGAGGGCCGCGCUGGACCAGUCAUAGAAGACUUUGGGUGAAAAGCGCCGUCUGCCUUCCUCUCUGUGGAUGAGCCACGACACUAGAGGGCCACUCAGACAACCAGAAACAACUCGGGCUGAUUGAAAUGAGACGACACACGCAGGCUGAUGGAACAGAGGAUGAUGGUUGUGUGCUCUUCCAUUGCCCACCGAAACCCUUUUUGCGGUCGGUGAGGGCCGUGUAGGUGUAGCCCACUUGCAGCAGGCCAUACCGACAUAUCUGCGUGCCCAGCAUGAUGUAGUGCACCAGAUUAACCGCAAUGACUACCAGCACAAGGCCGACCGUCAGAUCCAGUGAAGUCCCCUCGGGCAGCAUGACAACAAAGUGCAUGACGAACAGCGACAGGAGCCAGACCAGCAGCCCACGCAGCUCAGACCGAUUGAGGAUGUCCAUGUUGCCACGAUCGAACGGCCAAACAGCGAAAUGCAACGCCAGACAGACCGUGGC